GCCCAGAUUUUCACAACAGCGACGCAGGAUAUGCCCCAUUGAGGACAACAGGGGAGCACGAAUGAACACAAUGGGAGAUAACCCAGAUGAGGAAGCUGACUACAAUGACAAGGGGCGACACAUCCACCUCCCCUGGAUGCACACCACAAGAACAACAGCAAAUGCCUUCCUUGCUAUCGCAGAGCUUACAGGCAUCACAAGACAAGGGUCUGGGCGUGGCAUACCCCUCACACUAUGUCCAAAUGUAGGAACAAGACCACAUUCAUCAGGCAUUGAUCAAACUACAUCCUUCAUGGCAUCUUCAGGAAGGGACACGCCUAUAAUAUUCCUUGACAAUACAUCGGAUGUGAAGCAAAUGGGAGACGCAGUAUCGUCAAGCGUUGAUCAUCACGCUUCGUACGGAGCACCUGCGGGGAGAGACGUAUCAAUAUCAAGCAUUGAUCAAACUACAUCCAAAGUGAUGCAUCCAGAUGUAGAAGCGCCUGUCUUAUCCUAUGAUAAGACAGCCCAAGGCACACCAGAUGAUAAGCAUCCUCUUCAGGGAUGUGAAACGUCAGACGCAGUGGCCACAUCCAAUAGGAGACAGGUGUCUCAUUCAGCUGACCCUCAUGAAGAUGUUGUAGCUAUGCCAGCAGAACAACCAGGCGUGACUGUUAAUGUUUUCCACAUCGUGAACAGUGAGGGAGUUCAAGUCACCCAGGAACAGAUCAAGGCAAAAGCAGCAUCAGUCGACCAUGGAACCUCUACAACAUGGAAGCCAGAAGCCAACAGUUCCGUACAGCCGAGAACACCCAAGACACGCCGUCCCAACUCUACAUCACCACGGCUGAAGGGAACGAUACACCCAGCAACAGAGGAAGAUACCAGUCGUUCACCCAAACCGAAGUGGAUAUCUGAUACCAGUCGUUCAUCCAAGCUGAAGCGGAUAUCUGACAGAACACAACAAUUAUUACAUCUGACAGAAAAGGAGAUGUUCACACCAACAAAGACACUGACAAUAACCAAGAGGCUCCUGCUGGACCUAGGAGUAGUACUUGUCACGGGCAGGUCAGGGGAUGGGAAGACAGCGCUAUGCUACAGAGUUCUGAAGGAAAUAGCAAAUAAUCAGCGCAGAAUCCCACUCAUCAUCACCACGCCAGAUGAAUGGAAAAGUAUACCACCGCCAAGAGACAUGAAUCACAUUUCUGAGGAUGAAAGAUAUGUGGUUUUCAUUGAUGACGUAUUUGGUCGAACAAAUUUAUCAAGGGAGGAUCUUAGAAUGUGGGAACGUGAACUGCCGAUUAUGUGGCCUUCGGUUGAAUCUGGACAGGUGCUCCUGCUGCUCGCUUCAAGAGGUAACAUUUACAAACAAUGUCAACUAGGUCUCAAGGGUCACAAAAUGUUUUCUGCGUUGACAGAAGUAGGGUUAAACACAGACAUGUAUGGUUUGAGUGUGAAGGAAAAAAUGGAAAUGCUACAAGCAUAUCUGAACGGAAGAACAGCGCUGAAGCUGACUUAUGAAGAGAUGAGACAAGCUGCGGAGACAAGCAAUGAGCUAGGUUUUCCACAAAUAUGCAGGUUUUACAUCAGCAGCAGAGAAGCCCAAAAACGAGGAGUCGAGUUCUUCAGCAGACCUUUACAGUAUCUGAUGGAUGAGCUACACACCCUCAGGGAGUUCGAUCCCCAAGCCUAUGGUGUAUUGUUACUUCUUGCGUUUGAGGAAGGUGUUAUGAAACAAUCUCAUCUUGACCCAUUUUCCUCAAAAAGCGGACCUCUCAUCAAGAAAUGGGAGCUGAUAAGAUCUCUAUGCAACAUAAGUCCAGAAUCUGGACUUGGUGACCUUUGUACCGUUGCCAAAAGGUUAUGUGGUGUGUAUUUGUGUUUUGUUGGGGGGUGUUAUAGAUUUAGCCAUCAAUCCAUCCAUGAGACUAUUGUCUUGGAGUUCACAUCAAAGUACCCGGGGAAGGGUAUAGAAAUUGCUCCAGUUAACGUUAUUAUGGAAUUUAUCAGGACAGAUGAGUGUGAAGACAAAACUACCACAUGUGUAGUUCUCAGCGAGGAUUACUACAAAGAUUUAGCGGUGAGGAUAAUUAAAGAACUAACCUCCAGAAAUUCUGAAAAGGUCAUGGACCAUUCUGCUCUAAGGAAUGAUGCCUUUGUACAGUGUCUUUCGAAUGCACUCUCCGAGGAUGACCGGCAAACCUUAUGCUCCACAACUGUACCUUCAACAUACACAGAUGUAGGGGCUUAUUCAGUGUUUUCAAAUGAUUACAUUACAGCUAACUACCAUGAUAAGUUGAAAUAUGUCAACACUGACAUACAGGCCAUGCCGCUGCCUGUUCCACAGCUUUAUGUAACAUCAAUACUUUUUGUCAAAGGUCUACAUUCCCUUGCCACAAUACUUACUCAAUCGUCUGUACAGGGCUGCGAUAUGGAUAUGAACAUGUUUCUUGCAAGCUCCGCAUUUGUUGGUGACUUGACCACUGUUGAGAGGCUCCUCAGUAUUGGCAUAGUUCCCAAUGAAUCUUGUGUCUUGGCUGCCCUUAUGUCAAUGGGAGACAAUGAACUAGUUGUAAGGAAACUCCUGUGUCACCCUCAAGCUCCACUGCUUCAUGCUGACAUGCUGUUGUUUUCUUUGAAACUUUCUGUACAUUGUAACAAGGUAAAUACAUUGAAAGUUGUCAUGAAGACCAUAGUCAACCAUCAAGAAAAAGAGAAAAUGGUUGACAUUGUUGCCAAAUUAUUUUUUGUUCUCAUGUCAGCUGUUCAAGGAAGUGUGCCAUUAAAUUUGCCCAGGACAGCAGCCAAUCAACAUUAUCACACACCUUCUGUUGCCAUAUUCAACGUGCUUGUUACAACAGAUGCAGCUUUAGACUUUGCCAAAAUCCUAAUCUUUAUAAGCCAGACCACAGAUAUUGAGUUACUAGAAAGUAUCAUAUUUGAAAUAAGGAAAAGAGAAAAAGGAUCUGUAAAGUAUCAACAAUCAGCUGGAAUAUAUAACGACUUAGAAACUGAUUGUUCUGUACCUUCAAGUACAGCUAUUUGUCCUGAAUUUCACCUCAAGUCUCUGAUCAAUUCAAAGGACAAAUAUGGCUGCACACCUCUCCACAAUGCAGCUUAUGAGAGCUCAGCAAAAUUUGUACUGUUUCUGUUGGAACAUGGUGCAGACCCAAACUCUCAGACAGUCACUCACGAAACACCGUUACAUGAAGCUGUUCGGUCCAAGAAAGAUCGCUUGUCGAAACUGCAGUGCCUUUUGGCGGCUGGUGCCAGUGUAAAUGCGGUAGACAUAGGCGGUUACACACCACUUCAUUCCCUGGCUCUGAAAGGCAAUUUGGAAGAAUUUCAAUGCCUUCUUGUCAAAGGCGCAAACCUGAAAGCUGACAGUCUAGGCCAGACCCCUCUCCAUCGUGCAGCAAGUGCAUUUACAGUUGAUGAUACUGUAAUUCAGCUCCUGGUGGAGAAAAUAGAUGACAUAAAUUGUGUGGAUUGUUAUGGAUGUACACCACUAAUCUAUAUUGCUGGAAAGGGUUCUUUUGCCACGCUGAAACAUGCAAUAGAAAAGGGGGCUGAUGUGAGCCAAAACCAAGAUGGGGAAGACAGCAUUACACGAGUCAGUUUUGUCCCCAUUGAAUCAGUUCGUAAGGCAGAGUUACUCCUAGAACAUGAUUGUGAUAUCAAUGAAAUCAACGCUGAGGGGUUUAGUCCACUACUCUGCGCUGCCCAUGAAGGUUCCUUUGAUUCGCUGAAGCUGCUUGUAGAUAAACAGUGUGAUGUUUCUGUGAAGGACAAGAAAGGGCAGACAGCCCUGCAUCUUAUACCUCAUUACUCAAUAGAUGACACAAAGAAAAUCAGGUACCUUAUAAAGGCUGGAGCUGACAUUAAUGCUGUAGAUGUGGUGGGCGCUACUCCACUGCAUGCUGCAGCUGGUGAAGGGUGUUUAACAUCCGUGGAAGCACUUGUCAAGUACAAAUGUGAUAUCAACAUACGCGAUAAUGAAGGGCUCACUGCUCUGCACAGGGCUGCACAAUCUCUCACAGACUCUGAGGCAAUCAUUGAGCUGUUAGUUGUUCAAGGGGCUGAUGUCAACAUGAGAGAUAACUCUGGAUUUACACCUUUGUGUCAUGCAGCAGGGGAUGGAACGUUGAACAGUUUGCAGACUUUGGCGGCAAACAAAGCAGACGUGUUUGUUAGGAGUUCCACUGGAGAGACGGUGUUACACAUGGCAGUUAAGAAAUACCAAAUGUCUUUAGAAAAGUUAGAAUUCUUAGUGGAGAGAGGGGUCAACGUGAACCUUCUUGACUCGUCCGGAACAAGCCCUCUGCAUUAUGCAGCUCUGGAGACAUCUUACGAAACUGUAAACUUUCUAGUGGAAAAUGGUGCCAAUGUCGAGUGUGCUAAUGAUAGUGGAACAACUUCACUUCACAACGCAGUGGCGUCAACAAUAGACAGUAGGCGAAAGGUUGAGUUCUUGAUCAAACAUGGAGCUGAUGUAUUUGCAGAGGAUAGGAACGGCGACACUUCUCUACACGUAGCUGCCGACAGUGGCUUUGGUCAGUUGCAACAGCUUUUAGUUGACCUCAAUGUAGAUAUUUCAAAUACCGAUAAACAAGGAAAUACUUUGUUGUACAGAGCAGCCAUGUCUAGCCGUGGUAUCAUUUCGAAAACAUUACUCUUACUCGACAAAGGUGCAGACAUCAAUGCUCCAGGCAAACGUGGAUGGAAAUUGAUAAACUGGGUCAUUUCUUUGGGGAUGAAGAGGACCUCACAGGGCUUCUAGAAAGAGGUGCCCGUGUUUCAGAUAUAGAUGAGGAUGGAUCGAGCCUCCUUCACAAGGCAGUCAGGUCGAAAACAGACGCCUUGGCAAAGGUCCAGCUGUUGUUGAUCAACGGUUUAUCAACGAACGUAUUA